GUCACUCCCUCACCCACUCACACGCUCUCUAAACUCCGCCUCACAGCUUGUCCGUCGACGUCACUUCAUUUUACUCCCAGCAUUCCCUGCUGCAGCUCUCAUCUUGAAGUUCAGAGCAAGAUGGCGGAUAAAGCAGUUUCCCUGGCCGAGAAGAAGCUUAUGGACGUGAAGCUCGGGCAACUGCCAGCUUGGCUCGGAACAAGAGACUUCACCCCAAAUGGAGUUGUUAGAGGAAUUCGUGGAGGUUAUGAGAGGUAUUACAACAAAUACAUCAAUGUGAAGAAGGGUGGCAUUGGUGGAAUUGCCAUGUUCCUUGUUGGUUACGUUGUCCUGAGCUACGCCUGGGAAUACGACCACAUCAAGCACGACAGGUGGAGGAAGUACCACUAAACCAAUGGACCACCGGGCCGCUCAAAUCCUAUCUUCUGCAGCAGUGUGAUCACCUCUCAGCUUUCUCUCUUUGUGACUGUUGUGACCAAGAAUAAAAUGACAUUUAUUUAAAUUGGACUCUUUAUUGAACGCAUACACUAACAGACCAUUAAAGCUGUAGUUCACUUAAAUGAAAAUUCCCUCACUGUUUACUCCAGAGGUUUUAAAUUUUAUAUAUUUUUUCUGUUGAACAUGUUUUGAAGAAUGUUGGAGGCGAAAGCAACAACUGACUUCCAUAGUAAGUCAAUGGCUGCUCUUUUCCCCCUAACAUUCUUCAAAAUAUCUUCUUUUGUGUUGAACAUAAACUCCAACAGGUUUGACGUGAUGGGUAAUUUUUUUUUUUUGGUGAACUCGCUAUGUACUGGAGUUUGACUACUCGAGAUGAAUGUCUUAAAUUAAAUUGGUUGUAUUUAAGAUUUUA